CAUUUCCAAUGGCUUUUUUGUAAGCAUUUUUUGUCUUUUUAAUUGCCCCCUUUUUUAUUUUUCCUCCUUUUGCUGGUGUUUGAAUUUGAGCAUUGACAUGGUGGUUUUGAGCGUUUUUCACAUCCAGGCUUCAAGUUUUUAGCAUGCAGUUAUUCUGAUCGAGAGUGCCAAGAGGGUAAACGGGUGCGAUAUCGGUCUUGAGAAAAGCCUUUACUUGCUUGCAGUUUUGUUUCGAGGGUCGAAACCAAGCAGCUUUUGUCAGUAUUGAGAUUUUUCAAACAUUUAUUGGUGGUUUUGAAACAUUUUUAUUUUUUGUUUCUGUCGACUUUUGCUGUUGCUAUGCUUUGGUUUGCAUUUUGCAGUGUUGUUUGUUGCCUUCGAGUUUUGUGAUUUUGAUGUCUCGGUGGAUCUCACCGAUCAAACCCUUUGCUUUUACUUUGUUUCCUCUUUUCUUUAUAAAAAGGGAAUCAUUUUUAAAGCCCGGUGACAUUUUAACGUGCUACUUUUCUUGCAGCUGAGCUCACAGGUUUGUUGUUUUUGUGUUUCUCUCUUUUUUCGAUUUCAUUAUACUUUUGCUGGUGGCAGUGUCAAGUAUUUUUGGAUGUUAUCAUUUUUUUUGACUAGAUGAUGCUGGGUGGACGAGGGGAGUUUUGAUUCUUGGGGGAGUUCAAUGCGUUUUUGUUUUCUGUAUCAACGAGGAUGAACAGACAUUUUCCCCUUUGCAGGAGGGCAACUGGUGGAGAAUGACUGGUAAAACCCAGACCAGCAACGUCACCAACAAGAAUGACCCACGCUCCCUCAAUUCCAGAGUCUUUAUCGGCAACCUCAACACAGCCAUCGUCAAGAAGACCGACAUAGAGGUCAUCUUUGCCAAGUACGGCAAGAUAGUGGGUUGCUCUGUGCACAAGGGUUACGCCUUCGUACAGUAUUUGAACGAGAGGAACGCCCGAGCAGCUGUGGCGGGAGAAAACGCCCGUAUCAUCGCUGGACAGCCUCUUGACAUAAACAUGGCGGGUGAGCCCAAGCCAUACAGGCCUAAAGCAGGCUCCAAACGGCCACUCUCAGCUGUUUAUAGUGGUUAUGAAUUUGAUUACGAGUACUACAGGGAUGAUUUCUACAGCAGGCUUUUUGACUACCACGGCAGAGUGGCCCCCCCACCCAGAGCCGUGAUCCCCCUCAAACGCUCCAGGGUGCUUGCUCCCUCCUCCCGCCGUGGGAAGACCUCCUUCCCCAUCAAAACAUCCUCCUCUUCCUCCUCCUCAUCCUCCAGACCUCCCACAUCAUCCUCCUCCUCCGGGCUCAAACUGAAGACGGACCAGCUUCAGACUAUUAAACGGGAGCUGACUCAGAUCAAGAUGAAGAUUGACUCUUUGCUGGGACGCCUGGAGAAGAUCGAGAAGCAGCAGAGAGUCGAUUCUGAGGCUCAAAGAAAGUACGAGGACAACUGUGACUCCCUGCAUGAGGAGUCCGUGUCAGAGACGGCAGAAAACUCCGGGGAGGAGGCCGGCGAGGGGGCGCUGGACGUGGAGGCAGGAGAGAUGACCGAUGGAGGCGAGGACGACUACGACGAGGAGGGCAGCCACCAUCUGAUAGAGAACCAUGUAUCGGAUAUUGACAACUGAGAUCAGGAUGAGGCAGCAGACACCCCCGGUCGGUGGUAUUAGAAUUCAUCAUCACCUUCAAGAGACAGAAAAGGAUCUCUGAGGGCUCAAGACACCCAUUCUGGACUGUAAGUUGUGUUCAAGAGAUGCUGAAUCACAUUUAGAUCCCCAACUGCGCAGCACAAGCCAAAUGUGAUGUGCUCUCUAAAGAAAAUGUAUUCAAGACCCAUUUUAAUGCAUCGGCCUGAGUUUGCCUCAUGGAUAUUCUGCGCAAUUUAUAUUUCAUUGCAAGAGGCUGACGGUAUCAUGUGCUAAUCCUGUUCCUGAAAAAAUAAAAAGAGGAAAAUAAAGGGUUUUAUUCUGAUUUCUAAAUUGAAUUAGGUGGAGAGAAGAGAACAUGACAUUGUUGAUCAAUUGUUGCUGCUUUUAUGAAAUGUGUUUUUGCUGUAAUUUCACAAACAGUUUUUCAUUGAAUUUCUGUUGUUGCUUAAAAAUCGAAUGAAUAAAUGACAGCCAGAACAAUCUGCAGUAUGAUAUUGAGAAAAUGAAUGAAACUUCGGCGCCGUCUGGUUCGGAUUUGACUCCUAUAUAUAAGCCAAUAGCUGUGAGCAUAACUUUAUCCAGCUUUAUCCAUUUAUCACACAAAUACCCUGUAGGGCUGUUCCAUCAUAUAUUCCAACUCCUGCCAAGUUUCAGAAGCAGAAAGAGCUUCCUGUGGUAGAGAGCCAACACUGGCACAGGCCUCCUGCCAGGGAGCAGUGCCCUAACGUCUCAAUGCGCUGCUCCCCGCUCAGCCUGUGCAUCCCAACAUGGACUGCUGCUGUUUGGGAGCCAACGCCCUUUUUCCUCCUCCUCUAACAUCUCCCUCCGCAUCCAGCAUUGAUUCUGUCUCAUGUAGGCAAAGGAGCGAGGCCAGUUUUUCUAGAAACUGGGAAGCUGUAUUAUCUUUAUUUAUACAUUAAAAGGCUUUGAGAUUAUCUAAAGUAUGUGAUCCGUGUUUCAGAUCGCUUAAAUUACGGAAUAAAAAUGUAAUCUAACAUGACACAAUGGCAAAUGCUUCGUCAAAACAGCCUAAAUAAGUAGUGAAACAAUACAAACCAGCACCCCAUUUCUCUUAAAAUAUCCAUAAAAGUUAAUAUUGUGGUCAGAUGAACUGGCCAGGAGUGGAUGAUUCAGUUGGUUACAGUUUACUAACAUGUUCAUGAUUUCUACCAGUUCAGAUCUGUUAUGUGAAGCAGCUAACAUGCAAACAUUUCAAAUGCAGCUUAAGCUCCAGCUGAGCCAUUAUAAUUAACCUGAUUAUAAAUACAUUUCUGAAGUGAAUUAUGUCACCAGUGACUGGAUGUCGGCAUGUUGUACUGUUAAUUAUUCAGAUCAUAUUUGCCCUUCUUUUUUUUUUCCCUCAAUAUGUGACACAGUAUAUUUUCUCCAAACAAUAACAUACGCGUGUUUGUUGUCUCUGGCGUUCAGUUUCAUUUAAAAGCCGUUCUCAGAAGGGGGUAGGUGUUGGGGAACUACAGCUAAUAUGCACCAGGUGUGCCAGCUGAUUGGCCAGUAGCAUCAGUUUGGCUCAUUAUGUGUAUCAGCAACAACUUCAGUGCUUUAAAAGCUUUUAGGCGACUAUUCAAACAGAUUUAAUAGUGUGGACGUUGUUUGUUACAGCCUAAUUUAUGUUUCUGAACAGUCAGCUGGCACACCUGGUAUGUACGAGCUGUAACAACACCUCUAAAGGUGCAGUCGGGUUGGAUUCCGCGAGGCAAAAUCUUGCAGGUGCGGCAGGAAAUGGUGUAGAUGGGGUGUAAAACUGCAAGAGCUAGCAAGGCUAAUGUUCAACAAAUUAUACAACAAUAAAUUAUACAGCUUCAUACCAAAUACUUAACUGUCAUUAACUUCCGUCACUGUCCUUGCACUCUCUGCUGCUAAAUAACAUCUCUCCUUCCCUGCCGCUUGUACAACAUCACAGUGCAGUGAUACAUAAACAGUCAGUAUGUCCUGAAUUGGAGGUCAAUUCCACCGCAUCUCUUAAACUAGCUGGACAUAGGAGAGCCUCGCAGUUUCAGUGUCAAGAGUUCAAUCCGAUCAAACUCUUCCUCUUUUACUUCAACCUCGUGCUCUGAAGCAUAAACGUCCGGUGUGACCGCAUCACGAUUCCUCCUGAGGGUGUUUUUUUUUUUUUUUGGAAGAAGUGAAAGCAUGAAAGCAAACAAAACAUUGGAAUAACUUACUGAAUAUCAGUAGAGAAGUCCUGAAUUUAUGUAAAAGUUGAAUCAUUGGAUUCAGUGCUGUUGGUAGUUUAAUGAGUUGUUUCACACAAAUUGCAAAAAAAAAAAACAACUAAAAUAAACAUGUCCCUCUCUCAAAGCUUAGUGGUGUCCAUUCAAGCAGAUAGGUGUGGUUUUAUUUGCACAGGCUUUGAGAUAUCUGCCCCAGAGACUUGCAGGCAACCCAGUACAAUCAAAGUAAAAUAUAUUUAAUUUGCAGCACUUGAAGCAUUAAAAAUGGCAUUUGGAAAAUUCGACAGCAAUCUUUCCAUCCGGGAACAAUGUCCUAAUCACUCUGAAGAAUCCACAAAUACCUCUGUAUACAUUUUUCACUAUUUACUUUGACCUUUGGUAAAAAGGAAAAAUUAAAAAAUUAAAAAUUGUUGAUUAAUAAACUGAAUAAUGGUGUUUUUUAUGUAUGUACGUCACAAAUAAAAUUGUAUUCACUCCUAUUAUAUCUUAUAAGCUCAAAGCCUGGGCAAAUAAAACCAAACCACCAGGGGUAAGUAAGAAAAUAUUGUUCUGAUUUGGUUGAACUAACCCUUUACACACAGAAUUCAUUAUUUUGCACAGUUUCAUGAAAACAGUCCACCCUGGCAGUGCUGCCUGAAAAAAUACAUGAAAUAAAAUGUCUGUCCUGCAGCUCAUUCAAAAUAAGUGUCUGGUGAAUGAUGAUAAUGUGUAAUAUUUAGCACUAUUUUUGUAUCCAAAAAACAUGUCUAAGGGAAAUGGCUCUGCUACAUGUUUAUCUUUUUGCUGGUAGCCUGUUAUUUAAUGAACAGUAUGGUGAUGUGUCAAAUAUUUUGCAAAAAUGCUUAAAAAAAAAAAACUUCAUUGCUUUUAACUGUUGUAAUUUAUCUGGGUCACUUUAAAACGUUUCUGGCUCGACGCUUCCUUUUAGUUUGCCCUGUAAAUAGUCAAAUUUAUCACGUUUAUUUCAAAUAAUAGAUUGGAAAAAAGAAUUUUAUUAAGUUUAAAAUAACACUGAAAUGAUAUACUGACAGUUUGUUGGGACCGUUGCAGGUUUUGCGGGGCUUGUAGAGAUGUGUAACUGACAACUGUUGUAUAGAAAUGUACAUUUUUUUGUAAAGAUAUUUUUAUCAAAAGGCAUGUUUACUGUAACUUUGUAUUUUCAGUUCAUGUAUAAAAACAGUAUAUUCCAACUGUUGUAAGGCUAGAAAACUCAUCGUCAUUGUAGAUAACUAUUUGUGUUCUUAUCAGUCAAUAAAAUGUUUGUGUCAUA